AUGUAGAAAUUAGACGCUAACAAAGUGUAUAAUAUUAUUAGUCAUUCUACUGUAUCAAAUUAAGAGCUUAAAGAGGUUGUUAAUUUUUAUUAAGAUGAAUAAGAAAUGAAAUAUUCAAGCUUAGAACCUAAUGAUUUCACUAGUAGAGACAAUAAAGAAAAAGCUUUUGUAGAUGCUUGCUGCUGGAGCUUUUUGUAGGAAAUUCUUAAGGAAGAUGAUAUUCAACCAUUUAGUAGAGAAUAUCGCAAUUAAAUGUCACAGUUUAUAAAAUAGCAAAGCUUAAAGCCAGAUAUGGAUAUCGAAAUGGAUACUUCUCUUUUGAGUAGAUCAAAUACUUCAGCUGAUAAUUUACAAAAAAUUAACAAUCUUUGUCAUGAUAGAAUGGAAAAAUCUAUAUUUUAUUUUGAGUUUUAUUAGACAUGGUAUAAUAAAUCAGACAAAUAAAGAAUGUAGACACAAAGCUAUGACCACAAUAAAAUGCCUAACUUUUUAUUCUCUAAUUAAAUAAAUAAUAACGAAGUAAUUUCGCUGGAAAAAUCUAAGGGAAUGCUUGCUCCAAGGAGUUACUCAGAUUUAGAAAUCAUAUAAGAUUUGAUUUAUUAUGAUAAUCAUCUUUAAAGAUUUUCAAAAGUUAUUAAAUGGAUAUAAAGCAACUGUUUAACAUAAGAAGCGUUUGAUCCUUAGACAGUCAAUCACAAAAGAGACUAAAAUGAUAAAAUGUAAAUUGAAUUUUGGGCUAAUAAUAAACAUGAAAACGAAAAACUUACAACUGUAUUUACAUUGCUUAAGCAAGGCUAAAAAGAAAGUGCUUUCCGUUUUAUGAAAGAUCAAAAAAUGAACCUUCCUUUGGCAUUAAUUGAUUCAGUUUUUCCUUACCAUGAUUUCUUAUUGUCAGACUCAAACAACCCAAAUAAUUUAUAAACUUUUAUAAUUUAAAAUGAGCUCAAAAAUAAUUUCUUAGUUGAUAUUUUAAAUAACUUUACUUACUCUGAAGUUCUAAAAGACAGAAUCAGUCACUACAAAAAGAAUGGUUUUAACCCAGAAUUUAUUUUUGAUUAUCAAGUUGGAAAUUAAAAUUGGCUUCUUUCUUUGAGCUAAGCUUAGUUAUCAUCACAGGAGAAAAACACAAUAGGAGAAGUGCUUUAUUUUUCGUACUUGAGCUCUAAUAAAAAUUAAAUUCAAAAGAAUUUAAUGUCUAAAAAUCAAUGGUAUGAAUAUGUUUGGGCAACCUUAAAAUACUUAUAUGUUCACGAAGUCAUAAAAAGAUUCUUAGUUAUCAAAGGUUUACUAUACGAUAGCAUAGAACAAUAUUACCCAAAUUACGAAAAUAACUUUAUUGAUUUUUAUGAAUCUCCUCUUGAUAAUUACAGAAAACUAUUUCAUGGUUCAACACUCGAAGGUAACAUUUAUGAUGAAUUAGGAAAUAUUUUGGGUCAAUUAAAGGAAGAUAAAUACGAAACAUAAGUAUUAAUGAUUCUUGCUUAUUUAAACAGAGACUAAACCUUAGAUUAAUCUUUGUGGAUUAAUGUUUUCUCUCAUUUGCAAUAAACUUCCAAGCUUGCUUAUGAAAACAGAGAAAAAUCAAGUAACUCAUCAAUAAUCUGCGAAUUUAAUGCAAAAAUAUCAUUUUGUUUACUUAAAUCCAACUUUAUCGUAAGAAGCCAAAAUAUACUAGACACCUACGACUAUAUUAUAGAAUACUUCGUUAGAUUCCUGAUUCCUCUCGAUAACAGAUAAUAAGAAAUUAUUGCAUUCCUAAAGAAUCUAAAAGAUGAGAAUAUUGUAUUCGAAUUAAUGGCUAAAUAUAUUGCUUCUAAAAAAAGUGAAAUUGAGAGAAAGAAGAUUAAAUAAGAAUUAGUUGUGUUUGGAUACAGCGAUUAACAAAUAUAGGGAAUAUUAAAAGAAUUAGUUAAUAGUUAGUUCUCAGCUUAUAAUACUAAUGAUAGCAUGAAUAAUGUAUCUGAUUAAAGUAUCAUAGACGGCCUAAAAAUGUUUAUUGAAAGCUAUUAAAAUAAUAUUUAUCUUUGCAUGAGCCACUUUUUGAGUGCUGCAAAGACUUUUAUCCUAAAUGAUAAGCUCUAGGUUUAUUAAUAAAUGAGAGAAGAUAGAGAUAUAUCCAAUAUGGUUGAUAAAUAUCUGCAACUUACUAACUCUAGAGGAGAUCUAAUUAAAGAGUCUAGAGACUAUGAUCCUUUUUUAAAUUGGCUCUCAGCUUUUGAUGAACUAAUGAACUGCUAUAAGCUCUUAGGAGAUUUAGAUAAUAUAAAUAUGACCAAUAAACAUUUUAGAAAUUCUGAUUCUGUAAGAAACUCUGGCAAAAAGGCUAACAAUUAAAUGGCUAAUGAAAAUGAUUUCAAAUCCAGUUAAGUUAAGAAAGCUUAAGAAUUUAUUAUAACUUGUGAGAGCACCUUUUUUAAGUAUAAUCAGAAGGGUAGAUAUAGUUAUAUUUUUAUAGAUGGAAAUGUUAGAUUUGCACAACCAGAAUUAUUUGAAUAUAAUCAUAAUCCUGUUAUGAUUAGUGGUUUCCAAAAUAUUUCAAAGCAAUAUCUCUAUAAGUGCAUUAAUAAAUGUAUAAAUGUUGCAUAAACAUUUAAAAUAAGUGACGAAAUAAUUAGCUUUUUGUCUAAAUACUACUCACCCUCUUACAAUGCAUUCACUCUGUUUGAAUAUGACUACCAAGAGCUUAUAUUAAAAAAAUCUACUGCAUUAUUGACAUAGAAUACUAAGUUUAUGAGAACUGUACUAAAUUUAUGA